AAUGGAUGCAUUAGAAAGGCUUUCGGAUGAAAUGUCAACACUUUUGCAGAAGCAAGAAUUUUCUCAUUUUGGACUUAUUGGAAGUGGAGUACAACGUAAAGUUGACCGUCUUACACUUGGUGUUCAAACAGUUUGUAAGCAUGUUAGCCCUGACCUUUCAAUGAAAUAUCAAGAAGAAGUCAAGGAGAGAUUACACAGAGUUGAUCCUAAUGAAGAGAUUCUCCAUUUUGACCCAUCAACAGAACUUGAAGUAGAAGUUGUUGUACAUAGUGAUGGAAUUAUUUGGAAUAAAGCAAAUGGAAUUGAUCAUUUAAUCCAAACAAUAAGUGAUACAAUUGAGAAAGAUAAAGUUUUAAUUUGUGGAGAUACUCAUUCUGAUUUACCUAUGGUUGUACAUGCUUUGGAGAAGAAUAAAAAGGGUGCAAUGUUUAUUUUUGUUACAAUGAAGGAAUCUCUUAAAGAGAAAGUUGUUGAAAUUGUUGGAGACUCUAAUAAUUGUUGUUUUGUUUCAUCUCCAGAUGUUAUUCAUGCUGCGACUUCAAUUAGGAAUGUUGGCGAUCGGUUAUUACCCGGUACGUUUUCUGAUCAAUUGCCUAAACAAAUAUUUAAUGUGCCAAUAUCUUCAGAAUCUGAACAAUUGAAUAUUUUGAUUAAUAAAGUUGGGGAAACUAAUGAUAAUUGGAAGCAAUUAAAAUUCGACUUUCUCAUUGACUCAAUUCUUCUAAGAGUAUCAUUAUUUGAUUUUAUUGACACUUAUAAACUUUCUUUGGAAAAUAUUAUUGAAUUGGAAUGUAUUGAACAAAGUCCCGCUCCAGUGCCUCAAUUAGAUUUGACUGACUCUGAAUGGGUAGCGGAUGUUAAAAUAAUUAAUGAAAAAUGCAUUGUAUCAGUUAAUUAUGGAGGGGAAUUUAUUCUUUGGAAUAUUACAAAAAAUAAAACUGAAACAAUUGCUGAAAGGAAUGUGGUUAAAAAAUUGGAUGAGGAGCCGAUAAAAUGUUUGGAUGCAUUUUCCCAUGGAAAUAAUGUUGUUUCAUUUUUGGUUGGAGCACAAAACCAAACACUUUAUUUACUUAAAAUGGAAGGAAAUGUUAAAAAAGGUCAACAAAAUAUUUUGGCAAAAACAGUUUUGAGAGGACAUGAAAGAAGUGUUGAAUGUGUUGCUAUUAAUAAUGAUGGUACUCGUGCAAUUUCUGACAAUUCAAUUGACAAUAAUAUUGAUGAAGAAAUUUCUCCAUCUUCAAGAAGUUCAAAAAGACCUAAAAUUGAUCAAGUUGUUAAUACUAAGACUCCAAUGGUAACUCUACAAGCACAUAAAGAGGCUGUUGUGGAUAUUAAAUGGAAUCCCUUAAAUUCGGGUCAAGCAGUUAGUGUGUCUUGGGAUCAACAAAUAUUGGUUUGGGAUUUGGAAAUGGCAGGUCCAAUAACCAAUUUGCCUUCAAAUAGAGCAUUUUCUGCACUUUCACUAAAUCCUAAAAAUGGUAUUGCUUUGACAGCAUCAACCGAUUCUUUUAUUAGAAUGUGGGAUUUAAAAAGCAAAGAAGGUUCUCUAGUUAAAAAUACUUAUUGUGGACAUCUUGCAUGGGUAUCCGAUGUUUGUUGGUCUCCUUUAAAUGAAUAUUUAUUUUCUUCUUCAAGUUUUGAUGGAACUGUGAAGAUGUGGGAUACAAGAAGUCCAAAAGCUGCUCUCUACGAUUUAAUGGGACAUCAAGACCGGGUUUUAUGUGUUGAUUGGUCAUUUUCUGAAAGAAUUGCUAGUGGGUCAGUUGAUUGUUCAGUUAAAGUAUUUUCUUGUUAA